AUGGACGUGGACGUGGACGUGGACAUGUACGUGGACGUGGACGUGGAUGAGGACAUGGACGUGGACGUGGACGUGGACGUGGACAUGCACGUGGACGUGGACGCAAACGUGGACCUGGACGUGGACGUGGAUGUGGACGUGGAUAUGGACGUGGACCUGGACAUGGACGAGGACGUGGAUUUAGACGUGGAUAAGGACGUGGCCGUGGACGUGGACAUUGUCGUGGACGUGGACAUUGUCUUGGACGUGGACGUGGACGUGGACGUGGACGUGGAUGUGGUCGUGGACGUCGACGUGGACGAAGUGGUCGGCGACGUGGACGUGGACAUGGACGUGGACCUGGACGUGGACGUGGACAUGGACGUGGACGUGGACGUGGAAAUGGAGGUGGAUAUGGACGUGGACAUAGACGUCGACGUGGACGUGGACAUGGACGUGGACAUGGACGUGGACAUGGACGUGGACGUGGACGACAUGGACGUGGACGUGGACGUGGACAUUGUCGUGGACGUGGACGUGGACGUGGACGUGAACGUGGACGUGGACGUGGACGUGGACGUGGACGACGUGGACCUGGACGUGGACGUGGACGUGGACGUGGACGUGGACGUGGAGAUUGACGUAGACAUGGACGUGGACGUGGACGUGGACGUGGACAUGGACGUGGACGUGGACAUAGACGUGGACGUGGACAUGGAUGUGGACGUGGAAAGGGAGGUGGACGUGGACGUGGACGUGAACAUGGACGUGGACGUGGACAUGGACGUGGACGUGGAAAGGGACGUGGACGUGGACGUGGACGUCGACGUCGACGUGGACGUGGACAUGGACGUGGACGUGGACGUGGACGUGGACGUGGUCAUGGACAUGGACGUGGACAUGGACAUGGACGUGGACGUGGACAGGGACGUGGACGUGGACGUCGACAUGGACGUUGACGUGGACGUGAACGUGGACGUGGACGUGGACGUGGACAUGGACGUGGACAUGGACGUGGACGUGGACGUGGACGUGGACGUGGUCGUAGACAUGGACGUGGACGUGGACGUGGACAUGGACGUGGAAGUGGACGUGGACGUGGACAUGGACGUGGACGUGGACGUGGACGUGGACAUGGACGCGGACGUGGAUGUGGACAUGGACGUGGACAUGGACAUGGACGUGGACGUGGACGUGGACGUCGACAUAGACGUGGACGUGGACGUGGACAUGGACAUGGACGUGGACGUGGACGUGGACGUGGUCAUGGACGUAGACGUGGAAGUGGACGUGUACGUGGACGUGGAAGUGAACGACAUGGACGUGGACGUGGACGUGGACGUGGACAUGCACGUGGACGUGGACGCAAACGUGGACCUGGACGUGGACGUGGAUGUGGACGUGGAUAUGGACGUGGACCUGGACAUGGACGAGGACGUGGAUUUAGACGUGGAUAAGGACGUGGCCGUGGACGUGGACAUUGUCGUGGACGUGGACAUUGUCUUGGACGUGGACGUGGACGUGGACGUGGACGUGGAUGUGGUCGUGGACGUCGACGUGGACGAAGUGGUCGGCGACGUGGACGUGGACAUGGACGUGGACCUGGACGUGGACGUGGACAUGGACGUGGACGUGGACGUGGAAAUGGAGGUGGAUAUGGACGUGGACAUAGACGUCGACGUGGACGUGGACAUGGACGUGGACAUGGACGUGGACAUGGACGUGGACGUGGACGACAUGGACGUGGACGUGGACGUGGACAUUGUCGUGGACGUGGACGUGGACGUGGACGUGAACGUGGACGUGGACGUGGACGUGGACGUGGACGACGUGGACCUGGACGUGGACGUGGACGUGGACGUGGACGUGGACGUGGAGAUUGACGUAGACAUGGACGUGGACGUGGACGUGGACGUGGACAUGGACGUGGACGUGGACAUAGACGUGGACGUGGACGUGGACAUGGACGUGGACAUGGACAUGGACGUGAACGUUGACAGGGACGUGGACGUGGACGUGGACAUGGACGUGGACGUGGACGUGGACGACUUGGACGUGGACAUGGACGUGGACGUGGACGUGGACGUGGACAUGGACGUGGACGUGGACGUGGACGUGGACGUGAACAUGGACGUGGACGUGGACGUGGAUAUGGACGUGGACAUGGACGCGGACAUGGACGUGGACUUGGACAUGGACGUGGACGUGGAUAGGGACGUGGACGUGGACGUCGACAUGGACGUGGACGUGGACGGGAACGUGGACGUGGAUGUGGACAUGGACGUGGACGUGGACAUGAACGUGGACAUGGACGUGGACGUGGACGUGGACGUGGACGUGGUCGUGGACAUGGACGUGGACGUGGACGUGGACAUGGGCGUGGACGUGGACGUGGACAUGGACGUGGACGUGGACGUGGACAUGGACGUGGACGUGGACGUGGACAUGGACGUGGACGUGGACGUGGACGUGGACAUUGACGUGGACGUGGACGUGGACAUGGACGUGGACAUGGACAUGGACGUGGACGUGGACGUGGACGUGGACGUGGACAUGGACGUGGACGUGGACGUGGACGUGGUCGUGGACGUGGACGUGGACGUGGAUGUGGACAUGGACGUGGACGUGGACGUGGACGUGGACAUAGACGUGGACGUGGACGUGGACAUGGUCUUGGAUGUGGACAUGGAGGUGGACGUGGACGUGGACAUGGACGUGGACGUGGACAUCGACGUGGACGUGAAAAGGGACGUGGACGUGGACAUGGACGUGAACAUGGACGUGGACGUGGACAUGGACGUGGACGUCGACGUGGACGUGGACGUGGACGUGGACGUGGACGUGGACAUGGACGUGGACGUGGACGUGGACAUGGACGUCGACGUGGACAUGGACGUGGACGUGGACGUGGACGUGGACGUGGACGUGGACAUGGACGUGGACAUGGACGUGGACGUGGACGUGAACGUGGUCAUGGACGUGGACGUGGACGUGAACGUGGACGUGGACGUGGACGUGGUCAUGGACGUGGACGUGGAUGUGGACGUGGACGUGGACGUGGACAUGGACGUGGACGUGGACAUGGACGUGGACAUGGACAUGGACGUGGACGUGGACGUGGACGUGGACGUGGACGUGGACGUGGACAUGGUCGUGGACGUGGACGUGGAAGUGGACGUGGUCGUGGUCGUGGUCGUGGACAUGGACGUGGACGUGGACGUGGACGUCAACGUGGACGUCGACGUGGACGUGGUCGUGGACGUGGACGUAGACGUGGACGUGGACAUGCACGUGGACGUGGACAUGGACGUGGACAUGGAAGUGGACGUGGACGUGGACGUGGACAUGGACGUGGACAUGGACAUGGACGUGGACGUGGACGUAGACGUGGUCGUGGACGUGGAGGUGGACGUGGACAUGGACGUGGACGUGGACGUGGACGUGGACAUGGACGUGGACGUGGAUAUGGACGUGGACGUGGACGUGGACCUGGACCUGGACGUGGACGUGGACGUGGACGUGGAAGUGGACGUGGACAUGGAAGUGGACGUGGACGUGGACAUGGACGUGGAUGUGGACAUGGACGUGGACAUGGACGUGGACAUGGAAGUGGACGUGGACAUGGACGUGGACCUGGACGUGGACGUGGACGUGGACAUGGACGUGGACGUGGACGUGGACGUGGACAUGGACGUGGACGUGGACGUGGACAUGGACGUGGACAUGGACAUGGACGUCGACGUCGACGUGGACGUGGACGUGGACGUGGACAUGAACGUCGACGUGGACGUGGACGUGGACAUGGACGUGGACGUGGACGUGGACGUGGAAGUGGACGUGGACGUGGACGUGGACGUUGAAGUGGACGUGGACGUGGACAUGGACAUGGACAUGGACAUGGACAUGGACGUGGACGUGGACGUGGACGUGGACAUGGACGUGGACGUGGACGUGGACAUGGACAUGGACGUGGACGUGAACAUGGACAUGGACAUGGACGUGGACGUGGACGUGGACGUGGACGUGGUCGUGGACAUGGACGUGGACGUGGACGUGGACAUGGGCGUGGACAUGGACAUGGACGUGGACGUGGACGUGGACGUGGACGUGGACAUGGACGUGGACAUGGACAUGGACGUGGACGUGGACGUGGACGUGGACAUGGACAUGGACGUGGACGUGAACGUGGACAUGGACAUGGACGUGGACGUGGACGUGGACGUGGACGUGGUCGUGGACAUGGACGUGGACGUGGACGUGGACAUGGGCGUGGACAUGGACGUGGACAUAGACGUGGACGUGGACGUGGACAUGGACGUGGACGUGGACAUGGACGUAGACGUGGACGUGGACAUGGACGUGGGUUUAGGGUUUAGGGUUUAG